GCGGAGUUUUGAUCUCCAGUCAAUAUACAAGUAAAAUCCGGCAUCCAGGAGUCGGCACCCUCCUCGAUUCAGUACUAAUCGAUUAUCAAAAAAAAAAAAAAAGAAAAUGAAACGUCUUCUCGUGUUCGCUUUCGUUUUGGCUUUUGCCUUUGCCCAAGAUAAGGCAGAGGACAAAGAUGAUGGUCCGAAAACGUACAGGAGGUUGAUACCGGCCGAUGUCCUCAGAGAUUUCCCUGGUAUGUGCUUCGCUUCGACCAGAUGCGCCACCGUGGAGCCCGGAAAAUCUUGGGAUUUGACGCCUUUCUGUGGUCGAUCCACUUGCGUGGUGUCCGAAGACAAACCCCCUCGUCUAUUGGAAUUGGUAGAAGAUUGCGGUCCUCUGCCUUUGGCUAAUCCUAAAUGCAAAUUGGACGAAGAAAAAACUAACAAGACGGCCACUUUCCCGUAUUGUUGCCCUUCCUUCGUUUGCGAAGAAGGUGCCAAAUUGGAAUAUCCGGAAGUCCCUACGGUAGCGCCAGUACCAGAAGAAACGGCUGCUACAACUACCAAAGCAUAAAUAACAAACACUCUGUAUACGCCUCUUCUUUUCCUUUCUCAAUUCGAUUCUAACGAUUAAUCGAGAUACUUAUUUUUUACGAUUUUUGUUACACAAGUACGUGUAGGUUGAGUUAUUUGAAAUUUUCCGAUCUUUCCUUUCCCUUUUUUACUUCUUCUAGAUUUAAAAACUGCGCUAAACAAUAUUAAUUAAUUGUAGGUCCAACAAUUGUGAUAUACAUUUUUAGUUUUUCGUCUCAAGUUUCGGCUUAAUUUUUGCGCUAUAUUUUUAUUUGUUUCGGUAUGUUAAAUGCGAUUUUUGUAACCUAAUAAAAUAUUAAUUUAUUAGAAUUAUAGUUUCAAUUUUACAUUAGAAAUGUGUACAUAACGAACUCACUUGGAAUAGAUUUUUUUAACCUAGAAAACACCUUCGCUAUUCG